UGGAGGACUGUCCCGUCUGCGCGGGGCGCGUGCCGGGCUGAGCCCGAGGGCGGAGAGGUCCCGGCACGUCGGCGGAUCGCUCCACAGCCAUGCCCAGCAUCUGGCUUCUCCUGUCUCUGGUACUCACCAUUAUUGCUGGGUCAUUGCCAAGCGUGAAUGCCCAAAACACUGGCGCUGGCAGUACCUCUGAGGAGCUGGGAUUGAAAGUGACCGGGCCUGAAGCUGAGGCUCAGUGUUCUGACGGCCUCUAUCGUGUGGGGCAAUUCUGCUGUAAGCCGUGCCAGCCUGGUGAACACCUACAUCUGGACUGCCCAGUCAACGGUGGUAAAGCGAUCUGCAAGUCGUGCCGGGAAGGGGAGGAGUACACAGACAGGGAGAACUACUCUGCUAAGUGCAGGCGGUGCGGAUCUUGUGACGGAGGCCACGGUUUAGAAGUGGAGACCAGCUGCACCCGGACCCAGAAUACCAAGUGCAGGUGUAAACCAAACUUCUACUGCAAUGCUUCUGUGUGUGAGCAUUGUGAGCCCUGCACCACGUGUGAAUAUGGGAUCGUUGAGCAGUGCACACCAACCAGCAAUACCAAGUGCAAAACAGAAACUGCAGGUCCCACAUAUCAACUUUUAUGGCUUUUAAGCCUCCUCCUCGUUCCAGUGCUGUCUGUGCCGAUAUUUAAAAGGUGGCGAAAUAAAAAUUGUCACCGUGAUUCUACAAUGUUGAGCUCUGAAAAUAUGCCAAUGAACUUCUCAGAUGUUGACUUGAAUAAAUAUAUCAUUAGUAUUGCUGAAGAGAUGACAAUAAAUCAAGCUACAGAAUUUGUUCGAAAGAAUGGUAUCAGUGAAGCCAAAAUAGAUGAAAUCAAGAAUGACAAUUUCAAAAAUACUGCUGAACAGAAAGUCCAACUGCUUCGGAAUUGGUAUCAGUCUCAUGGGAAGAAGGACGCAUACAACACUUUAAUUAAAGGCCUCAGGAGAGCCUGUCUGUAUGUUCUUGCAGACAAAAUCCAGGAGCUAGUCCAGAGGGACACUGAAAACUCAACUUCAAACCUCAUAAGUGAAAAUGAAAGGCAAAGCUUGGCCUAGCAUGAAAACAAACUCAGUUCAACUUUGAACAGUCAACAGGAGAAAAAUUACUGUGAAAAAGGUUUCAGAGCUAGGCGUGGUAACUCACACUCGCAAUACCAGCACUAUGGUGGUUGAGGAAUAAGGAUUGCCAUGAGUUCAAGGCUAGCCUAUGUCAUAUAGUGAGUUCCAGACCAGUCUGGGCUACAGAAUGAAACCUUAUCUUAAAUUUUCUUUUAAUAAAUGAACACCAUAAAUAUUACUUGCCUUUGUAAUGGGUAUAUGUCAUAUAUCAAUUGUGAAGUUUAGAGUUAAUAUUUUAUGAUACAUUUAUAUCAUUCAUAUAUGUAUUUGUAUAUACAUGAAUUCAAUAUGUAUAUCUGAUAAAAGCUGCUCUACCUCUGCACCACCUGCCCAAACCCAAGCUGAUUGCAGAGAUUUUACAAUGUGUAGGAACUCUGCAGACACCCCAAAAGGAAGCUCUUCAGGCAAAGCUUGCCAAUGUGUCCAGUGCAGAAUAAGAUCCUAAGAGCUCAAGAAGAUGGCUCAGCAUUUAAAGGCACUUACUUGCAAAACUGUUGGUCUGGGUUCAAUUACCAAGCCAUACACUGAAGCUGGAUGCAGAAAAUGGCAUUCAUUUGAAGCUGCAAGAGGCCCUGGCACACCCCUUCCCCCCAUGCACAUGCAUGUGUGCAAAUAAAUUAAAAUUCUAAAAUGGUAAAAUUAAAAACUAAAAUUCUGCCUCAGUGAUUUUUUUUCAUGGAUCAUUAGUAAUUUGUUGCACAAUAUUGUAGUUUUGAAUCUUUAUGUAAAUGACAGUCUGAAUGAUAAUGCUGGAAUAUAUUCUCUUUAUAUGCCAUUUUACAGAACCAAAAUUGUCUGCUUUUUCCUUAGCUCUCAAAAGCAUUUGAAGCACGAAUGUUUUACCACAGCCUUACUACCUCUCCAGUGUCUCCUUGAUGCAUCCUUAUGCACUUGUAAAUCUGGAAGGAUUGCCCAAGAAAUCCUUAAUGAUCCCCUAAACGAUCAAGACUGCCUUAGAAAUUCUAGCCUUGUCCAGAAAGACUACAGGACUUUUACAGAAGCUGGAUUUAGGGCAUGUCAUAUUUCAUAAGCCCAUGUCUAUCACCAAUGGUGAGAGAAAAAUAAAAGCCUACCUUUUCACUAUUCAAUAACACCUUAUGUAGUCUCUUUGGUGACAAUUAGCAGCUUAAACCUGGCAAAGAUAAAAUUAUUACCAGGUUAUAGGACAUGUUCUUGUUAUUCUUUCCAUGGUCUUUGACAAAUAAGCCCCUCUGCCUACUGAUACUUGAUUAACUUUAUACUCAAAUAUAUAUAUAUUUCAUUUAAUAUGUGUGUGUA